AAUACUAAUUAUUUGGAUAUCCGUGACUAAGCUGCAUUGCAUUUACGAACCUGUUCCUGCACUAUAUACAGGUCACAAGAAUCCCAAACAACCUCUACCUUUGCACAACAAAUCUGUCUAACAAUUCAUCCCCACCUCUCUCUCAGCUACAAAGCCUACAAUACAAUUGCACUUGCAGCUAUCCUUGCAGCAAUGGCAACUGCGCGGGUAACCGCUGCCUUCUUCUCUGUUGCCGUCAUGCUCCUUUUUGUGUCCAUCGGCGCCCAUGCCGGUGGCCAAGGCGACGAACUCAAGGUGGUGGACAUCCUGGUGGAAACCUGCAAGAACGCUUCGAGCAGCUGCCGCAACAGGCACCUGAACGUCACCCAGGAAUUCUGCGUGCAGACUCUCCGGUCAGACAAAAGGAUCUCCGGGGCCAAGGACCUCCUUGACCUGUCGCUCAUCGCCGUCGACAUCCUCAAGAUUCGCGUGGCGGCUGCCGGUGGCAAGGUGAAGGAAGCACUCCAGAAAGCCAAGAAAGGUUCGGAGGAGGCGCUCGGCCUCAGGUAUUGCCAGGUGGACUAUGAUGUGGCGGUCCGUACCCUCGGCCUCUGCGACGCCAUGCUCAGGGACUUCCAUGUCCCCAGGGGCGAGGAUGAAGACGGCCCGUGGCCUUUCGAACUGCCCGAUUGUAUGGAGACGGCGACUGGCCAUGUCAGCGACUGCUGGGGUAAGCUUCCCUUGGAAAACUACGCACUUAUCAAAGAAAGCCAGGAGCUCAACAAGCUGGGCGACCUGAACAAUGCCUUGCUAGGGCCAUAUGACGUUAAUAGUUAGAAUCUAUUUUGUGCCAGAAACAGUAUUCAUGUAAAACAAACGUUACUUCAGUUUGCAAAAACAAUAAUAAUGUUGUUGUGA